GUUCUAUCCGGGGCCUUGGCGCUUCUCUUUCCUUUCGCGCCGGUUGCCGCUGCGGAGCGCGGUGGGUCCAUGUGCGCAGUGAGCGCCACUAUUCCUGGACCACUAGCACUCGAGCCUCUGGUUUGUCUGAGUCCGCGCUGCGAUGGACCCCAACACCAUUAUCGAGGCCCUACGGGGCACUAUGGACCCUGCCCUGCGUGAGGCCGCGGAGCGCCAGCUCAAUGAAGCGCACAAGUCUCUGAAUUUUGUGUCAACACUGCUUCAGAUUACUAUGUCGGAACAACUGGAAUUACCUGUGAGACAGGCAGGUGUUAUAUAUUUGAAAAAUAUGAUAACACAGUAUUGGCCUGAUCGAGAAACAGCACCAGGGGAUAUAUCUCCUUACACUAUUCCAGAAGAAGAUCGACAUUGUAUUCGAGAAAACAUUGUAGAAGCCAUUAUUCACUCCCCUGAGCUUAUAAGGGUACAACUUACUACAUGCAUUCAUCAUAUCAUCAAACAUGAUUAUCCAAGCCGUUGGACUGCCAUUGUGGACAAAAUUGGCUUUUAUCUUCAGUCUGAUAACAGUGCUUGUUGGCUAGGAAUUCUUCUUUGCCUUUAUCAGCUUGUGAAAAAUUAUGAGUACAAGAAACCAGAGGAACGGAGUCCAUUGGUAGCAGCAAUGCAGCAUUUCUUGCCAGUUCUAAAGGAUCGGUUUAUCCAGCUUCUUCCUGAUCAGUCUGAUCAGUCUGUCCUCAUACAAAAACAAAUAUUCAAGAUCUUCUAUGCUCUUGUUCAGUAUACACUGCCCCUGGAGCUGAUAAACCAACAGAACCUGACAGAAUGGAUUGAAAUUUUAAAGACCGUUGUGAACAGGGAUGUACCUAAUGAAACACUUCAAGUUGAAGAAGAUGAUAGACCAGAGUUGCCAUGGUGGAAAUGUAAGAAGUGGGCUUUACAUAUCUUAGCAAGACUUUUUGAAAGAUAUGGAAGCCCUGGCAAUGUUUCCAAGGAGUAUAAUGAAUUUGCUGAGGUAUUUUUGAAGGCAUUUGCUGUUGGUGUCCAGCAAGUUUUAUUGAAGGUGUUAUAUCAGUACAAGGAAAAGCAGUAUAUGGCUCCUCGAGUUUUACAGCAGACAUUAAAUUAUAUUAAUCAAGGAGUUUCCCAUGCCCUCACCUGGAAGAAUCUGAAGCCUCAUAUACAAGGCAUUAUCCAAGAUGUUAUUUUUCCAUUGAUGUGCUAUACAGAUGCUGAUGAGGAACUUUGGCAAGAAGACCCUUAUGAAUAUAUACGUAUGAAGUUUGAUGUAUUUGAAGAUUUUAUUUCUCCUACCACUGCUGCCCAGACACUUUUAUUUACAGCUUGUAGUAAAAGGAAAGAGGUGCUGCAAAAGACUAUGGGAUUUUGCUACCAGAUUCUUACAGAGCAAAACGCUGACCCUCGAAAAAAAGAUGGAGCCUUGCAUAUGAUUGGCUCUUUAGCUGAAAUACUUCUGAAGAAAAAGAUUUACAAAGAUCAAAUGGAAUAUAUGUUGCAGAAUCAUGUGUUCCCUCUCUUCAGCAGUGAACUGGGAUACAUGAGAGCAAGGGCUUGCUGGGUUCUCCAUUAUUUUUGUGAAGUAAAGUUCAAAAGUGACCAAAACCUGCAAACAGCCUUAGAACUGACAAGAAGAUGUCUGAUAGAUGAUAGGGAAAUGCCUGUUAAAGUCGAAGCUGCUAUUGCACUUCAGGUGUUGAUCAGCAAUCAAGAAAAAGCUAAAGAAUACAUCACACCUUUCAUAAGACCUGUAAUGCAGGCUCUGCUUCACAUUAUAAGAGAAACAGAAAAUGACGAUCUUACCAACGUAAUUCAGAAAAUGAUCUGUGAAUAUAGUGAAGAAGUUACUCCUAUUGCAGUAGAAAUGACACAACAUUUGGCAAUGACAUUUAAUCAAGUAAUCCAAACUGGGCCAGAUGAAGAAGGAAGUGAUGACAAAGCAGUUACUGCAAUGGGAAUUCUGAAUACAAUCGACACACUUCUUAGUGUAGUUGAAGAUCAUAAAGAGAUAACCCAACAGCUUGAGGGUAUCUGCCUACAGGUCAUUGGUACUGUUUUACAACAGCAUGUUUUAGAAUUCUAUGAGGAGAUCUUCUCUUUAGCACACAGUUUGACAUGUCAGCAAGUAUCUCCACAGAUGUGGCAGCUUUUACCCCUUGUAUUUGAGGUCUUUCAGCAAGAUGGCUUUGAUUACUUUACAGAUAUGAUGCCUCUGCUUCACAAUUAUGUAACAGUUGAUACAGAUACACUUUUGUCUGAUACGAAGUAUCUUGAAAUGAUAUACAGUAUGUGCAAAAAGGUUCUUACAGGAGUUGCAGGUGAAGAUGCAGAGUGUCAUGCAGCAAAAUUACUAGAGGUCAUCAUUCUACAGUGCAAAGGGCGUGGCAUUGAUCAGUGCAUUCCCUUAUUCGUGGAAGCUGCUUUAGAACGACUGACCAGAGAAGUUAAGACAAGUGAACUUCGAACCAUGUGCCUGCAAGUUGCUAUUGCAGCUUUGUAUUAUAAUCCUCACCUACUGCUCAAUACUUUAGAAAAUCUUCGCUUUCCUAAUAAUGUUGAACCAGUUACAAAUCAUUUUAUUACACAGUGGCUUAAUGAUGUUGACUGUUUCUUGGGACUUCAUGACAGAAAGAUGUGUGUCCUGGGCCUGUGUGCUCUUAUUGAUAUGGAACAGAUACCACAAGUUUUAAAUCAGGUUUCUGGACAGAUUUUGCCAGCUUUUAUCCUUUUAUUUAAUGGAUUAAAAAGAGCAUAUGCUUGCCAUGCAGAACACGAGAAUGACAGUGAUGAUGAUGAUGAAGCAGAAGAUGAUGAUGAAACAGAGGAACUAGGAAGUGAUGAAGAUGAUAUUGAUGAAGAUGGACAAGAAUAUUUGGAGAUUCUGGCUAAGCAAGCUGGUGAAGAUGGAGAUGAUGAAGAUUGGGAAGAAGAUGAUGCUGAGGAGACUGCUCUAGAAGGCUAUUCCACAAUCAUUGAUGAUGAAGAUAACCCUGUUGAUGAGUAUCAGAUAUUUAAAGCUAUAUUUCAAACUAUUCAAAACCGUAAUCCGGUAUGGUAUCAGGCUCUGACUCAUGGUCUUAAUGAAGAACAAAGAAAGCAGUUACAGGAUAUAGCAACUCUGGCAGAUCAAAGAAGAGCAGCCCAUGAAUCCAAAAUGAUUGAGAAGCAUGGAGGAUACAAAUUCAGUGCUCCAGUUGUGCCAAGUUCUUUCAAUUUUGGAGGUCCGGCACCAGGGAUGAAUUGAGUUAUCACUUUCUUACCUGCUGUGUGCUUGUAGUGAAGAGCUUGUGUUCCUCCUAGUAGUGGUUCCAGAACUGGUUCAUGUUAUCUACUCUUAACUAAUUGAUCAAUAGAUUGGACAGAAAAAACCCCAGGAGGUGGGACCUGAUCAUGCAACCUGGCACUGGAAAAGAAACCAGAAGGAUUUUUGGGGGGAGGUGGGUAACCUAGGGGAGGGGCUAUUUUCUUUAUUUUUUGAAGAACGUUAAGAUCCUGACUCUGAAGCUUCAAAUGACACUGUGGAAAUCUACGACAAGAGGGGAUGUCAUGAAGGCAGCUUUUCUUUUUCUGAGGAAAAAAUAGGCAUGGGCUACAGGACUAUUUAAAAUGUCUCAUUUACAGUGUAAGCUCAAAGGUAGAUGUAAUUUUUACACCUAUGAGUAUUUGUCCAAUUUCUGUCUCUUCUUCACCAUUGGGUAUCUAUUCUUUAUAUGUAAAUAAGAAGGUAAUCUGGUAGCCUUAUUCAAUCUUCAUCAUUUUCAUCCAUCAAAGAUUGUUCCUAUGUAGAUUAUUAUUGUAGCACUACAUAACUGAUUAAAAAAAUCUGUAAAUGAAUUAGCACUUUCAUAUUGAAACAAGCCUGCUAGCCUAUGUAUAAAAUAGCAAAAUGUUUGCUGUUUAUAAAAAGAAGGGAUGUAAUGGGGUGGGGGGCAGGGGUAAUUUCAAGUUAUUAAUUUAAAAAUGAACUAGCAAUUUUGUACCUGGUGACUUUGUGGUACACUCACCUCUGAUAGUGACUUGAAUUCGGUAUGUACGAAGGGGUUAGUGAUAUUUCAUUGCUGCUAAAAAAAUGGCAACUCCCUUCAUAUCCUAUGUUUUUUUUGUUUGUUUUUUUUCAUAAAGCUGUCAGUGUACAAGUGGAAAUUUGGAUACAUGACCUUACUGUAACAGAUAAGGAAGGCUAUCUUAUUUGAAGCAUGUAAAUUGGACAUAAAAUUCUACUCUUAAAGAGUUGAUCAAACAGUGUGGCUAAACAUUUAUAUAUGCAGUCUAUUAAAAGAACUUAAUUCGGCUAAUGUCUUGAUUUAAUUGCAGUUUUUUUAUCUGAUUAUAAGAUUUUUUCUUCAUUGGCCUGUUUUUAUCUUGUACAUAGAGUGUGAAAUGCACACUUUUAAUUCGACAUUUAACACCUGCCCUCCUCCUUUCCCCAUUUUCCCCCUACCCCUCAUGUUAAUUGUGGUAUCUCAUCUUUUCAAGUAGAUAGGCUGAAGGCACACGGUUCCCUCCAAAAACCACCAUUGAUACCGCUGCAAACACAAGACAGUGUAGAGAGGUUGGCUUGCUUCCCCUCUCUCUUAACUGCAUGUUCAAAAAUAAGCCUUUAUUGAUCUUAAAAAAUCUGUCAGAUCAGUCACAUGUUGGGUUAUUUUUUAUAUAAAUAUAUACAUAUGAUGUUUCUAAUUGAAAGCAACAUCUCUUAAUGGAUUCAAUACUAUUAAAUGCUGUCAAAAACAGACUAGAAAAUUUAUAACUGUAAAAAUGAUGAAACAAGUGCACAUAAUGAUAUUUAAAAUGCAAAACUGAGAAAACUCAUUGUUGUUGUGUUUUUCUUGUAUAUCGAUAAUUGAGCCACUACUGCUGGCCCUGUUUGGUUUUUUUUAAUGCUGAAGAAGUAAAAGUAUUUCAUUUACUUUUGAAUUUAUUACAGAAAUCUUGGCAAAAAAAAAAUUGUCUAUCUAAAAUGUGUUGGUAAAAGCUGUUAAUCAAAUGUGUUUCUACUCUUCUCUUCUCCUUUAGUUGGAUACCAUCUGUUUAGUUUGCUUAAGAGAAUUUCACUAUUACAUGAAUUCAAUAAAAUGAAAAAGGAAUAGUUAUAUAUAUAUAACAUUGUAUACAGAGGGGAGAUAAUGAGUAGUAUAGAAGAGAAACAUUUUUUGUCUUCCUCUUUUAAUCACUACCUAAUCUACUUUUUAAAAUUUGGACUUCACUACUCUGAAUUGAUAAUUCCAAUUUUCACACUAUUGUUACUGGAAAACCAUAUCUAAUAAAGGUUUUAGUUAUUCUCUUGCAUAGUAUGAAAAUUCUCAUUUGCUGAGAUUUUGUUUGAACAAAAUGUCUUGGCAUGUCUUUGAGAAUAAGUUUUAUUGUUUCCUGUCUCUUCCAAUCCAAACUAAACUCCAUUUAUAGAUUCUAACAUAAAAUUAGACGUAAUAGAUUUCAAAUGAUAGUUUCUAAUGCAUCAAGUAUAUACCUCAAUUAUUUUCAGUAUUUCUUUAAAUUUAAUAUCAAAUUAUAGUUUCUUAUAAGUCAUGGAUUUUAAUAUAUGAGUAUUUCUAGAUAACAUUGUAGGAUUUUUGAAAACCUUUUUGAGAGUAUUUACAAACUUGUAGUUAAUUACAUUUUUUUUUCUCAUACACCUGUUCCCAGUUUGAAGCACCUGUUUUACUAACCUAUAACUUAUUUUUUAAUUUAUAGACUUCUUUUCAGAUUUUGUGUGGUUUCAUUAUUUGUAAUUAUUAGUGGCAGGUGUUAACAUAAAAGUUUUACUUUUUUGUAACUAGAGCCAUACAACCUAUCAAUUUGUCAUUAUAUAAAGGGAAGUUGUCUCUCUCUACUGGUGAUUAAAAUGGUGACUGGUAAUAUACACUACCAUAUCAAGCAAGCUAGUGUGACUGCUAUGCUUACCUGGCUGAGACCAGAGUAUAGAGCAGGGGUGGCCAAACCACAGCCCUAGCUAGGGCUUUUUGCUGCUGCUGUUCAGUUCAAAAUGUAGUCCCUGAAGGAAGCAUGAAGAAAA